AUGAACGCCAACGUCGCACGCACCGCCCUCCGGGCCGCAUCUCGCGGUGUCGCCCGCCGCGCCACGGCCGGCUCGGCGCGAUCCCUCUCGCUUGCUGCCACCGCCACCCGCCCCGCGCUCGCCAAGAUGACCGCCGCCCCCGCCGCCUCGCGUGGUCUCAAGACCAUCGAGUUCACCCAGGGCAUCCCUGAGAAGGUCUACGAGCGUGAGGACUGGCCCAUUGAGAAGCUCCAGCAGUACUUUAAGGACGAGACCUUUGCCAUCCUUGGCUACGGCUCGCAGGGCCACGGACAGGGCCUCAACAUGAGGGACAACGGCCUCAAUGUCAUCGUCGGUGUCCGAAAGGGCGGCAAGUCUUGGGAGGAGGCCAUCGAGGACGGUUGGCAGCCGGGCAAGAACCUCUUCACGAUCGAGGAGGCCGCGGCCAAGGCGACGACGGCGAUGCUGCUGCUGUCGGACGCCGCCUGCACCAGCGUCUACAACUCGGUCAAGGACAAGAUGCCCAACUGCAAGACGCUCUACUUCUCGCACGGCUUCCAGGUCUCGUACGCCAGCGAGACGGGCUUCGAGGCGCCCAAGGACAAGGACAUUAUCCUCUGCGCCCCCAAGGGCUCGGGCCGCACCGUCCGCUCCCUCUUCCUCGAGUCGCGCGGCAUCAACGGCUCGAUUGCCGUGCACCAGGACGUCUCGGGCAAGGCGCUCGAGAAGGCCACGGCCAUGGGCGUCGCCGUCGGCUGCGGCUACCUCUACGAGACGACGUUUGAGCGCGAGGUCUACUCGGACCUCUACGGCGAGCGCGGCUGCCUGAUGGGCGGCAUCCAGGGCAUGUUCAAGGCGCAGUACGACGUUCUCCGCGCCAACGGCCACUCGCCCUCGGAGGCGUUCAACGAGACGUGCGAGGAGGCUCUCAUGUCGCUCUUCCCGCUUGUCGGCGAGCACGGCAUGGACUACAUGUACAAGGCCUGCUCGACGACGGCGCGCCGCGGCGCCCUCGACUGGGCGCCCGAGUUUGAGAAGGCGUGCAAGCCCGUCUUUGAGCGCCUCUACGAGUCGGUCCGCAACGGCAGCGAGACUCGCCGCGCCCUCGAGUUUGGCAACCGCAAGACGUACCGCGAGGACUUUGACAAGGAGACCGACGCCAUCGCCGCCCAGGAGAUGUGGGUCGUCGGCCACAAGGUCCGCGCCCUCCGCCCCGAGCGCGCCGCCAAGGGCCUCUAA